UCAGUGCCACCCAGAGGAGCUUCAGAGAUAGCCAUGGCUGCCACGGGUGCCACAGCCACCAAGUGCAACGCCCCUCCACCCCCCUUCAUUAGGGAGGCUGCCAUGCGCAGGAAUGCUGCUGUUCUGAACUAUUGCAGGACAUGCGUGUCCACCCUCUCUGGAGCAACAGCAGGGAUCCUGGGCCUGACCAGCUUCUAUGGCUUCAUCUUCUAUUUCCUGACGUCCACUCUGCUUUCCCUGCUCCUAGCCCUCAAGGCCAGAAGGCAAUGGAACAAGUAUUUCAAACCUAGGCAACUGCUGCUCUUUACUGGGGGCCUCGUUGGGGGGCUCUUCACCUAUGUCCUCUUCUGGACUUUCCUGUAUGGCAUGGUACAUGUCUACUAA